AUGGCCUUCUUGGUAUAUGUGUACACCUACUUACUGAGGAAAGAGGAGAGCUUCCUGCAGGCCAUCCCAAGGACCAUCUCCAGGACCCUGUCGAGAACAUUCAGCCGAUCAUCAGUGCGAUCCCGAAGCUCUGUUGCCAGCGAAAAAAGUGUGUCCAUGGCUGGUAAACCUCUUGUUAGAGGAAACAGCAAUCUCAGUGUCAGUGCCAGCUCAUACAGGAGGAGAAGGAAGAUAGUCUACAAUCCAGAAGUUUCCAAACAUACAGGCAGUUUCUAUCUUCGUGUGGGUGUUAUAGGUUUUGGAAUUGGCAGCAUGAUUCACAGCGCACUUACCUUCGGCCAUUAUUUUGAAGUUAGCCAUCUUGACAGCCAUUGCAGUGGUGCCAUCCAAGCCAUCAAGCCCCUGGCACAUUUGUGUUUUACUUUUGUGCAGAUGUAUUUCAUUUUCAUGAAUUCAAAAAUGUGUGUGCAUAAAUACAAAACUCUGGCACAUUUUGGCCUUAUGCACAUGAGUUGCACCAACAUCUGUGUCUGGCUGCGGUCGAUAGCUGUUGAGACACUCCAGGUCAUCAAAGUUGACCGACGAGAUACAUACAAUGCCAUGGUGAAGGCUUAUGAGGAAUACAAGGAAGAUGCAGAGGAUGAUAGUGAUGAAAAGGAACCUAUUCAGUCUCUAGAAGAAUAUAUGCAAGGUAGGUUAUGUUUAAUAGGAACAAUGUCAGAGAUAAACUGUCGAUGGGAUGCCAUGCUUGGGAAAAUUGUGGAGAGCUCUUCUGUCUAUUUGUACCCCUGUAUCAUUCAGUACAGUUUAAUAUGUGCAUGUGUCUUGUAUGUCAUGUGGUCGAACGUUGGCGAUGGUAAUAAUGGUGUGAAAAGAACAGACUCCUGCUCAGAUGUUGAUACAUUAGAUAGUGAUGAUGACAGUGAAGAUGAGAAUGCACACCAUAAGAUGAGUAUAGACUGUGCAGCCUCCAGCAAAGGCUUGUUUCUAGGAAUCCUGCUGUUUGUCAUUGCUGUGGUGUGCAUCGUUUGCUUCUAUGUGCUGACCACAGCUCAUUUUAUUUACAUAUUUGAUGCACUUUUUGCAGGUCAUGUCUCCGAAGAAAUAAUCUUGGUAGUGGCCUUCUUUGCUACAGCGAUUGCGGCAUUUCAGAUGCGCCAGAUGCGGUUUUCUGGCCACAGAACAGUGGGAAUAGAAGAAAUUCUGUCGCUGGUGUCAAUUUCUGGCCUGGGCCUGUAUGGGAUCUGGAGCAUCAUCGCUGCAGUCUUCUAUCUGGACACACUACAUGGUCGCCUGACGCUGAUCACAAACCUGUUCAUGCUGAUACAAGCUGGCGCUCAAGCCACAUUUACUCUAGCUACCCUCAGAGCCUCAGCCAGAAACCAUGAACAAUUAAGAGAAAAGCCAGGCAGGCAGUGUGUCACCUUCCUCAUCAUCUGUAAUUUUGCUCUCUGGGUUGUCAACACAUUUGAAACACAGAGGAUAGAAUAUAAUCAGACUCAGGUCAACUUUUAUGGAACCACAGCAUGGGCUAUAUUUAGUCACAUUUCAGUUCCACUAGGCAUUUACUUCCGGUUUAAUGCAACAGUGAACCUCUCCAUUGUUUGGAAAAAAGCUUGGAAGAAAAAAGAAACUGAUGGAAGAAACCACACAGACGUACUGCAUUCCUCAAGCCAUGCAUGA